AUGAAGAACAACCAAUUCACCCAGCCACUGCUUCGAUCAAAACGGCGAAACCCUAACUUGGCUGCUUUCUUGUCGUGCGUGGGUUUCUCCCAGAGCUUAGUUCCCAAAGACGGACCACCUGGUCACGUUGCAGUUUAUGCUGGUUCAAACAACAAGCGAUUUGUGAUCCGAAUUAGUCAUUUAAAUCAUGGGUUUGACACCGAUAGGCCGCUCACCCUUCCCUCUUCUUCAGUAUCUAAUCACUCUUCUUCGCAGCCAGAAAGAUUUGUCGUUCCAAGAUUUCAACUUGGGCCAACAAUAUAUUACAGAUCGCUUAUAACAGCCUAG